AGCCUCAUCCUCCACAAUCCUCUUUUUUGUCCCCUAUAACAGGUCCAGAGAGAGUCAAGUGUAUCCACUGAUGUUUAGUGAGCAGACGAUUCCUGUUUAUUGUCACAUGGGAAACUUUGGAUGUGGAGAUGGAGGAUGGACACUAGCCAUGAAGAUUAACGGCAAUAAGACAACUUUCCACUACAAUUCUCACUUUUGGAACGACACAAACGGUUAUAAUCUUACAGCAGGUCAGAGUGGGUUUGACUCACAAGAGACCAAGCUACCAACUUACUGGAACACAUCCUUCUUCAAGAUUUGUCUUGGUAUGAAGAUUGGUCAACAAUUCAACUUCAUUGUCAUUAACAAGACAGCCAACUCUCUGUACUCACUGAUCGCUGACGGGCAAUACCGCGCCACCUCACUGGGCCGUAACACGUGGAAGAAGUUGAUUGGCUCAAAGGCCUCCUUACAACCCAACUGUAACAAGGAAGGGUUCAAUGCUGUGGGUACUUCUUAUGUCCAUUCCCAAGCAAGAAUCGGCAUCAUUAGUAACGGGCAAAAUCACUGCGACAGCUUUAACUCCAGAAUCGGGUUUGGCACAGGAGGAAAGGAUGAUGACAGCAACACGUGUGGGAACGAAGCAACUUUCUCACAAGAUAAUGGAGACAAACACAUCAAAGCCAUGGGUUAUAUUUUGGUGCAGUGA